AAAAUCCUAAUCGGGAUAAGCGAAUAACCUUAUGCUUAUCCGUUAUCGAGUAUCGACACAACUUAAAUAGUUAAAUCACCAUCGUUAUUCGUUCUGUGCUAACGUGCUAAUAACUAUACCUAGGGUAGACAACUACUUUGGAAUUACAUCAUGGAUUCUCAGGACUAUUCCGACAGCAGUGAUGAAAAUGAUUCAGACUACAAACCACCAGGCGAAGAUGAAAAAUUAUCAGAAGUUGAUUCAGAUGAUCCAAUUGAAGAUGACGAGGAUAGCGUCAGUACAUCUGCUAAAAAAUCAAAGAGAACUAAAAAGAAACCAAUGACUAAGAUGGGAAAAAGAGGCUCACUAAAAAAAUCAAAAAAAGUAGUAAUUGAUGAUGAAACUAUUGAAAAAACAAAAGAAGAAGUAAAUACUCUUCUUAACUCCUCUGAAGAUGAUAAAAAGCGUUUGGAUGCUUUGUGGGAAGAAUUUCAACGACCUAUUCCAAAAAAAUCUUCCAAUACACCUAUCACCAGUGAAAAUAAAGCCAAAUCAAAAGAAUCUAUAAAAGUAUCUGAUAAACCAGAAACAACUAAAAAAAGAAACUUUGAAUCAUUAUUUGACAGCUCUGACUCAUCUAAAAAGGUGGAUAAUAAUGACGACAAUUCAAAUACACCUAAGUCUCCAGAAACUAAAAGUGCGGCAGCCCCUAUUGCUACAAAAUCAUCAGGUGGUUUAGCAAAUAUUUUGAGUCAAAUAGGAAAAAAAAGUAAACUGACGGUUUUAGAAAAAUCCAAACAAGAUUGGGAUGGUUACAAAAAAAAAGAAGGAAUUGUUGAAGAAUUAGUCACACACAAUAAAGGAAAAGAUGGGUACUUAGAAAAGCAAGACUUUUUAGAACGGACAGAUUUACGACAAUUUGAAUUGGAAAAAGCAAUGAGAGCUGCCAAUAGAUCACACAGAAGUUAAACAUGGUAUCAUUCAUUUUAUAUUAUGUCAAUAAUCCCUACUAUUUAAAUAAUUGGUUGUAAACUUUUAAAUUGUAUUAAAUUUAAAUUAAUAUACUUUUUUUUUAAAUUCUUCUAAGUAAAUUAUUAUUAGUUAAUUUUAUAUGACACUAGGUAGUUAAAAAUGUAUUGUCUGUAUUUAUAAAUUAGUUUAUUAUAUACAAACAACUGAAUUGAAAAAAAAAUACAUUGUAGAAUAUUUGAAGACAAUUGAUACAUAAUAAACCUCCAAACUUAAUA